CUUAGUUUAAUUGAGACGGACGGAACUGUAAUUCAGAAACUAACUUCAGCGGUGUGAUAAGACGCUGUUUAGGAACGUCACUUCCGGUCUGCGAAAGCGUGCUCCGUGCUGGAAAUGGAGGCGAAUACCAACACAGAGGACUAUCCUCAGGAGAUAGACGAACAGCUUACAGCCUUUGACUUCUCACUUUGUUCUAUUAAAACCAUGAUGGAGAAGCUAAUGUCGAUGCCCAGAAACGACCUGCUGCAAAAGCUGGAUCCUCUGGAUCAAGCCAAGCUGGAUCUGAUGUCCGCUUACACUCUCAAUUCCUUAUUCUGGAUGUAUUUAGUAACGCAAGGUGUAAAUCCCAGAGAACAUGGAAUCAAACAGGAAUUGGAGCGAAUAAGGACGUACAUGAACAGAGUGAAGGAGAUCACUGAUAAAAAGAAAGCUGCUCGUCUAGACAAGGGCGCCGCGGCACGCUUUGUCAGAAAUGCUCUUUAUGAUACAGAAGAAAAAAAUUCUAGAACUAAAGCAGGAGCCAGGAAAGCAGCACACUCAACAUCUGAUUCUCCACAGUCAAAGCGUCCCAAGCGGCGCUGAAGGAAAGGGUUCCGCUGACGCUGCAGUCUGCAUCACGUUGUGGGGCAGAGUUAAAGCUGCAUGUCGUUAGUAAUGAUCUGUCUUGUUUACCAGUGAAUUUGAUGGACAUGAUGCAAUAAUAUUAUUAUUAUUUUAUCAGUGACUGCCACAUUCUAUAAUGGUUUGUUUUGUAAAAAGAUAUUUGGUUCGCAUGCUGUAUUGAUAAUGCAACUUAGGUUUUUAUGUUUUCUUUUUUUCUGACAAAGCAGCAAUUUUAAGACAUUUGUUCAAAUGGUUCUAUGAAUCAUAGAAGCAUUGUGCAUGUUUUUACACAUGCUUCAGUUCAGGGUGUGGCUUUUUAUAAAAAUACUAACAAAACUUA